AUGUCGUCCCUCAAGUUCCAACAGCCUGUAUACAAGGUGUACGAGCCCGGCUAUCAUCCGCAACGGACCAUAAUAGUCGACGAGCAAAUCGACUCUCCGGAGACACUGACGAUUCGGCUAGAGGAAGAAGCAGCAGCACGUAACGGUGGGGACCUCGACGGGAACUCCCCGAAUGGUCUUCUGCCCAUGGCUGCCUACAAGACUCACCUGCAAGGGUAUGCAGAGUCCACAUACCCGCCGUACGCGUCGCAGCCAUUUGCUUCACAACAGACCGAAAAUGCCGCCUCCAUUAACCAGCUUGCCUUUGCGGCCAAUAACGCCGUAACAGGUCAAUACUUACCUCAGACGAGCUCCAACAUCACAGUCCUCUCUUGCCAUCCCGGCACUGGAACGUACGGCACAAAGGUCGCUCUCAGAGUCUCCAGUCAAUACGAUAUCCUUUCCGGGACCAUGGCAGCAUCGACACCCUACGUCUCCAUCAGCUUUGGCUCUCAAAGAUGUCCAGCGCAUGUCCAGCGAGGAUCUCCAGAUGCGAACGGCUCCUGCAUCUACGUUGUCACAGCCGAUGCGCCUGAAUUUCUGUCAACAGGAUGCCCAUCGCUCAGCAACGUGCCCCUAACUUUGCUUGUUGAGACCGCCAACGGCAGCGAAAUUGCGCGGGUACCAAACGCCGGCAUGUUCUCCUAUAGCGAUGGUCAGGGUGGAGUUGGUAGUAUUGGAGGUUCCGGUGCCGGGAGCCCGCCUGACCUGGGUAGCCCGAAAGAUCGGUCACCCUCCCACCGAGCAAGCCCACCAACACACCAUGGGCUUGAGGGGGAUUCGGCUACAACAACGUAUGGUUUCCCUCCUGGCGUCUCGCCGACACAAGCACAGACCUACGGCCACAGCACCAACAGCAUGCUUGGGGCUUACCGAAGCGGGUCCUUCUCUGAGCAGUACUCCCGGACAGGGCCAGUUCUGCGCUCACCGCACGGUUCAGGAUGGGGAUUUGGAGGACAUAUGGAGUCGAUCCGAAGCCCGGCAACCACCAUUCCUCAUACUUCCCACACAGGAUUGACCCGCACGAGUUUGUCGAGCAUCAGCUCGUCAUCUAGCGCACCGACCCUCACAAGAACAAGCACGAUUCCUCAGCAAGGGGGCUCUGGUGGACCUGGCGGCAAUGGAUACGGAUACCCUUUGUAUCAGAACAAGGCUACGCUCAACAUUGUCGGUGACCUUGGGUCGAUGGCAGAGAACUGGAGCCAGGAAGAGUUUGAGAACAAGCGAAGGAUCGUCAUGUUCGACAAGUCACAACACGGUGCCGUUCUCACCACCAGAUUCAAGCCCGUCAACGUGACGGAGAGGCCUUCAGGCGCCAUUUGCAUUAGCUGCAUCUGGUGGGCUGAGAAGCAGGAGUGCUAUGUCACAUCGGUGGAUACCAUCCAUUUGCUUGAGCAACUAGUUGCGGCGCCAAACCGAUUCUCGGUCGAGGAGAGGAACCGAAUCCGAAGGAACCUCGAAGGAUUCCGCCCCUUGACGGUCAGCAAACAAAAGCCCGACAGCGAGGAGUUCUUCAAGGUCAUCAUGCAGUUCGGUAACCCCAAGCCGAGAAACAUUGAGAAGGAUAUCAAGGUGUUUGCGUGGAAGAUCUUGGAUCAGGCGUUGAAGAAAAUCAUCUCCAAGUACAGCACUUCCCCAUCGGCCCUCAGCAUUCCCGCCGCACCAUCUGCAACUGGUCCCCUGUACGGCCUGCCACCCACACCGAGCACAGUCUCCUCUACCGACCAAUCUUCAACGGGCUACAUGUCCAGCCACCAUCUCGCCGACUCACUGGCAAGUCCACGGCCUCUUGGCGGUGCCUCCUCAUGGACGCCGUACGGGACUUCGGGCAGGCCCAUGUCGCCAUCACGACAAACCAGCUCCCCCAUGUCGGUACCCGGCCUUCGCAUCUCGACCCUUUCGGGCGUGUAUGACAACAGGGGAUCCACACAGAGCCUUUCAUCGCCGUAUGGUAUGACGAGUUCAACGCAGCAUAGCCCCCAUUCGCAUCAUGCCCACGGCAAUUACGUACAGUCCGGGGUGUCGGUAUCACAGGGGCCGCGCGCAUGGGAUUCCAGCUAUGGUGUGACGGAUAGCUAUGGCGCCGCGCAAACCAGCCAUACCCAUAGCCAGGUUUAUGGUGGCGGAGCCUAUGCGGAUGUACACCGCGCCUAA